CAAUCCGUUCCUCUUUUCAGUCAGGUGGUGACCGAAAGACUGACGCUUUGGGCAUAAUCAAAAAGGAAUAAGCAAAAGUCCUGUUUCUGGUUUGAUUGCGCGCAUAUGUUCAAUGCAAAUGGAAUUUCCCAAGGCAAUUCUCGUCGUCAGUCGCGCAAAAGAGAAGAGCCGUCGUUAAUUAUGGGUUACAGAUUCCUCGGUUGUAUACAAAGGAAGAAGCUGGAUCCACCAUGCUCACUGAUAUAACUUCCGCACUCAUAACCCCGGCUGACAUCUGCUCUGAGCUGACGGGAGAAAUAAACUUCAUUCUUUUUUGUACGUCUUUGUACUGGUCCUUAAGCCGACGAAAAAUUACAAUUUUGUCAACCAGAGCUUAUAUUUGACACACUUUAAAACAGGGAUGUGAAAAUAUUGUCAUAAACUUUGUGAACUAGUCAAAGUCUAGUAAUAACCGUGACCUGGAAUACAAUACACUUUAUCUCAAAUUUUUGUUGAUAAAAUCGUUAGUUUUUCACAACAUCGAACAUCCGAUUAUCUUGAACGGAAUUGCAAAGUCCUCAAUAAACUUGCGCGUAUGCAAAUUCAGAGUAGUUGUUCAUGCGAAGUGUUUACUUUUGUUGGUUGAAUCAGACACCGGAACAAAAGGCCCGUACCCAGCUGACUAAAUGUGAGAAGGAAUGAACUCUGAAAAGCUUGUUAAUGGCUCUUUGAUACAAUACAUGUCAUUCUACACGCGUGCUCAGAGUAACACAAGACAAACUAUGUCAAUAUACCAAAUCCCACUGACAAAACAUGAUGUUGGUCGUGAUGGGAUGUUGUUGGUCGUUGAAGCUAUUUCGGUUGACAAACAAUGUCCGUGGAUUCAAGAAGUGUUUUUAAGGGUGAUGUGCUCCAAAAUAGGAAAUCACUUCACACUGAAGAUUUACACCAUCACUGGAUGUCUACAACUAAACUGCGUAUGACACUGGUAGGCCUAAAAUAUAACAGAGACAAUACGGCAGAAAUUAACCUUGGACACGUGAAAUACUUAAGGAAGAUACAGUAUUUAAUCCUUAGGAGGCUUUAGCCGUCGUUAGAAUUUUGUAAUGGCUUGGAUACGUGUAUGCCAGGUUCAUAGACCGAGGCAGAUCAUCAUUGUUGCUUUGCUGACAUCCAUAUUUUGGUUUGCGUUGAAUACUGUGAUACUUGUUUCAUAUCAAGUAAAUAUCGCUUCAAAUGAGUUGAAAGUUGCUCACAGUCUUAGACGGGGAAAUAAAAAUGCUUCGCUUAGAUUUGAGCGACAAUCAGAGGAUACAAACAAAGCAAAGAAAUUAUCGCCACGUGGAAUUUCUGAAGGAGAGGAAUUUGAUAUCAUAAACAACCAGAUAUUUCAACACAAGUCUAGUCGGGACACGCAAGUUAUUGUACAAGAAAAGGAUUCGCUGAUAAAAGGACAGUUCAACAAAAACACAAGACUUGAAACAAGAAAGAAAAAACCCAAACUACUGAAGAAAAAACUUAUUUCGGUGGUAAGGUCCGUUGAGCCGAAUGAUCCCAAGAAAGAGAGAGCAGACACGAAUAUUGGCUGGAUAAUAAUUCCGCAUGACCCGAACGGUCCUGGUGAAGACGGCAAACCCGUGGUUGUAUCAGCUAAGGAAAAACCCAAUGAGAAAGAUGGCUACAAUAAAUAUGCUUUUAAUGAAUAUGCGAGUGCGAAGAUUUCCCUCGAGCGAUCUAUACCAGACACACGGAGUUCUGGGUGUGAGAGUAAGUCGUACCCAGUCUCCGAGUUGCCUACGACCAGUGUUGUGAUUUGUUUUCAUAAUGAAGCUUGGUCGACCCUGUUACGUACAGUUCACAGCGUGUUACACCGCUCGCCGCCAGCUCUUCUGUACGAGAUUAUACUUAUUGACGACUUCAGUACAUUUGAUCAUCUGAAAAAGCCGCUCGAUGAUUACGUAUCUAAGUUAACCAAGGUUCGCAUUCUUAGGACAUCGAAAAGAGAGGGGCUCAUUAGAGCUCGUCUAUUAGGGGCCAAUGCAGCUAGAGCUCAAGUGAUAACAUUCCUUGACGCUCAUUGUGAAGCUAACGUGAACUGGUUAGAGCCCCUCCUUGACAGGAUCCGGCAGGACCGUACCAUCGUGUCUGUUCCAGUUAUUGACAUUAUCAGUUCAUCGGACUUCUCUUAUUCAAGAACACCAGCUGAAGUAAUAGGCGGCUUCAGCUGGGACAUGCAGUUUAACUGGCAUUCAUUACCUCAAAGUAUUCGAAAUCAACGUAAAGAUUCAAGUCAACCAAUCAGGACCCCCACAAUGGCAGGUGGCCUGUUUUCUAUUGAUCGUCAAUACUUCUUCGACUCCGGUUCUUAUGAUGAAGGUAUGGAUGUUUGGGGAGGAGAAAACCUGGAGAUGUCUUUUCGGAUUUGGCAAUGUGGCGGAAAAUUAGAAAUAAUUCCAUGUUCUCGUGUUGGUCACGUAUUUCGCUCGCGUUUCCCAUACAAGUUUCCAGGUGGCUAUCAUGAAGUAACUGUGAACCUUGCGCGUGUUGUUCACGUGUGGAUGGAUGAAUAUAAAAAGUUUGUGUUUAUUAAGAGACCGGACUUACAGGGGGUAGAACAUGGAGAUCUAACAAAGCGAUUAGAGCUCCGAAAGCGACUCAAAUGUAAGAGCUUCAAAUGGUACAUGGAGAACAUUUACCCUGAGCAAAAGACUCCAUCUGAGGACUACGAGGCAUACGGAGAGGUUCGUAAUCCUCAGACGGGAAUGUGUCUUGAUACUAUGGCCAGGUCUGUAGGGUUUGAACUUGGAGUUUCACCCUGUCAUAGCAUGGGAGGAAAUCAGUAUUUUGUCCUGACAAAAGAUGACGAGUUGAAAGCUGGACAGGAAGAUUUAGUGUGUGUGGAAGGAGCUUCUGACAAUGUGAUGCUUGUUUCUUGUGAUGAUACCAGCAAACAAUGGAAAAUAUCACAGGGAGGUCUUCGUAACACGCAACAAGGGAGAUGUUUAGAACUUCAGGAUGACGGAAAUGCAGUGGUGAUGAGCGACUGCAGUAAGUCGGAGAGUCAGAAGUGGAUAUUUUCCAAGCUUUCUUAGGCCGAUUUUAAGGCCACUCAAACAUUAUUUUUUUGUAAUGAAGGAUGUAGUGGCGAUUGGACGAGGUUGCUACUGUUUUUGCAGCAAUAUAUUUAUUUAUAUUGAUUUUCCAAGAAAGUGAAAUAGGAUUGUAGAAAACAAAUUGGGCGGGAAAUAUCGGAUAUCGAACGGAAUCAUGACAAACAUGCGUUUCUCUUUCUACUUUAUUCUUAGAUUAGAUAAUUCACUUGACGAAACCUUGCAAUGGCAAACGAAAAGAACAGUUUUUAAACAAGAUAGUUUGCGCCGAGAUAUCGGUAUAAUUUUUUAAAGAAAUUGCUCAACAUUCGGUUUCAAGGAGAAACUAGAACGUCAGUCGAGAAAUUAUAUGAAGGUGUUUAAUAAAUUCAUCAACCCGCAAAAUAUAUGAUUCAAGAGGAUGGAUACCUGGGUACCUGAAUUAAAUUCGUUCCAUUUGAAAUAAAGGCUAACAUGAAUUUUUUUCACACA